CGCUACCUUUAAAAUUUGAGUACAAAUAAAUAUACUUUUUUUUCAUAAUGGGUUUUUUAUUUGUUACGUUUUUAUUUUCUAUAAUAGCUUUAAUAAAUGCUAUUGAAAUUUUGUAUCCUAAAGCUGGUGAUAAAUUGCAAGCCGGUUUACAUGAAGUUAAAUGGACUACUGAAAGUGCCACUUCUAUAGAUAAGGUUAAUGUGUUUCUUUUUAAUGACAAGGAAUCCCCCCCUUUUUACCUUCAGCUAGCAGCUGAUGUUACUUUUUCUAAUGGAAAAGUUAGCGUUCCUAUACCUUAUAAUGUCGUUCCUGGUCCUGAUUAUACUAUUUUACUUACUGCGAAAAAUCCAUAUGAUGUUUACGCUACUAGUGGUUCUUUUAGUAUUGCAGAGUCUAAACUUUCAGCCGACGCUUGUGUUAAUUUUCUUAAUGAAGAUGGUUCAUCCACUAUUGGUCCUGUACCUGGUAAAGUUAAGCCUGUUUCUACUGAUCUUGUAUCACCUCUGCCACCUGCACCUCCUGAUGAAGACUUUGAAGAUUGUGACGAAUGUGAUGAAUGUGAGGAAUGCGGUGAAUGUGAGCCAGAUGAAGGAUGUGGCUGUGAUGGUGAUGAUGGUGAUGGUGAUGGUGAUGGUGAUGAUGAUGAUGAGCAUGAUCACGAACAUGGACACGAUCAUGAUCAUGAAGACGGACAAGAACAUGAAGAUGAAGAUGGACACGAUCACGGACACGAGCAUGAAGAUGGACACGAACAUCAUCACCAUGAUCACGAUGAUCAUCAUCAUGAACACGAUGAUGAUAAAGCAAAAAUAGCUAAUAUUGGUUCUACAAAUAUAAUUGCUAGAUUUUGGUUAGCAAUGAUAGCUACUAUUUCUAGCAUAUUAUUUCUAUGAAAAUAUUGAUAUAACUGUUUUGAUUUAGAAACAGCAUAGCACAUG